UCAAGGUAGACGGAAAAGUACUCGAGCGGCGGAUAGAAAUUCCCACCUCCCAUUGCCAUUACAUCUGCUCAUUUAUGGAUAACACGCGUGCAAGUAUGACUGGGACUGAAUAAAGCCCCGAAGAACAAAUCGCGUGCAUUUUCGGAAAACUUUUCUCGUUGACGUCUAUUAAGAGCCGCCUAUGCGUCUCCGGCUGCGAUUACAUGCGCGUCCGUUUGAUUAUUUUUGCUUACACAGUGUCGCGCUGCGCAGCUCACUCGUGUCUGUCUGACUGGAACUUUUUCAAGGAUUUCGUCGAUGAACUUGUUGCGGUGAGUCCCCUUUAAACCCUCACGGCCUGUGUUGUACUCUGCUUUUAGACUAUGGAGGUUCCGGUCGGGCUGGUGGAAGCCUGCGAGUCCCCAGACGCAGUUUUUCACGGACCUUACCAAAGCGUUUUUCAAAACGUGCGCGUCGCGAGAGCGAGCAACCCCGAGAGUUUGGAUAUUUCUAGCUCCAAGAAGUGCGGCUGCCUACAGGAGGGCUCGUCGAGGGAAAUGCGCUUAAGUGAGCUGUCCUCAUUCAGAAGAAUAAUAUGCUGCCCCGAAAAAGAGUACGAGAGUGCGAGUUCGGUGAUACAGGCGGCGGCGAGCCGAAUUCAUUUUCUCAAGAGUUCAUCAGGAAGCAAAAGCGACUCGUCUCUGUCAUCUAGCGGCUCGGGCCGCACAGACGCCACCGAAAGCAGCGGUAGUCGCGCAGGCUUCCUUCGGGUCGUCGAGAGUGGACAGAAGGGCUGCGGUGCUGUUGAAGUUCACACACGAGAGUUGGGCUCGGGCCGUGACGCAAGUGUGGCGAGUAGUAGUCGUGCGUGCACCACCGCCACCAUCACCUCCAGCAGCAGCAGCAGCAGCACCACUACCAGCUGCACCAUAUCAGAGACAGCGCGAGAGUUGUGCAAAGCCGUGUCCGUAUCUUUGGGCUUAGCUAUGGAGUCCAGCGAACUGGGCGAGGUGGGACAGCACCAUGCACCGCCGCCACCGCCCCUGACCACUGAAAGUAGUGAGGAGAUCUAUUUGUACGGAAUGCCUUUGCUCGACUGCUCAGUGAGCGAACGAGAGGCAGGAAGGAAAGACCGAGAGUACGCUCUCGCGGCGGGACGAGACAGAGGCGAAGAGCUCCGAGGCAGGGACAAAGUGCUCGGGAUGCUUAAAAGUGGCGACCUGGAACAGCUAGCUGGUGAGGUGACGACCUUGCAGUGCAGCAACGCUUCUCGAGCGAACUUGACCGCGGAUGUGCAUGAGUUCGGCAGCCUGUCCGGGGACAUUGCCAACCUGAGUUCAGAAGGUACAGCAGCGCAGACAGCACCGGAUAUGGACGGACCGCGAGCGGCUUCGUGCCAGUUUGAACAACUGUUGCCCGCGAGCAUGACCCAUUAUGCCCACCCGGAGCUCGAAAACGGACCGAGCCAUAGCUUCGUAAAAUCCACAUCAAUGUCUGGAGAGUUUGCUGGUCCCAUGGAGGAUUACACGAAUCUCUAUAAUGUCAGAAUCAAGACCGAGAUGAUGCCCCGUGAUCUGAAUGACACCUGGGCGUACCCGCAUAGGUACGCCGAGGACUCUAACGGCCACUACGGGCCUCCAAAGCAAAGGACACCUUAUGCUACUGGCCACGAACCCCCGUUUAUCUGUAACCCUUAUGAAUACGGCCGAAGUACUGCUCUGGUUCCGCGGGAGCGACCUCCGCACGAGCAGUGGUACCCGGGUGGGAUGCUGACCCGUCAUCCGUACCCUAACGUGCCUGGCGUGAAAAACGAGAUGGGCGAAUGGAUGGAUGUAACAUCGUUCACGGAUGGCAGGUUUGACGGAGGGAGGAGUGACAUUUUCCCAAUGGAGUUUUUCCUUCCUCCACAAAGGACCUGCCUAAUCUGCUCUGAUGAAGCAUCUGGGUGUCACUACGGAGCCCUCACUUGCGGAAGCUGCAAAGUGUUCUUUAAGAGAGCUGCUGAGGGGAAGCAGAAGUAUCUGUGCGCUAGCAGGAAUGACUGCACCAUAGACAAACUGAGGAGGAAGAACUGCCCAUCCUGCCGUCUGAAGAAGUGUUUUGAGGUUGGAAUGACCCUGGGAGCCCGCAAGCUGAGGAAGAUUGGACAGAUGAAAGGUCCGGAUGAGGUCGGAGCAGUUCAGGGCCCGUCGGAGACUGUCCAGUGCUUGUCGCCCAAGCCCAACCUGACUUUCCACUCGCAGUUGAUCUUCCUGAACAUUCUGGAGGCCAUUGAGCCCGAGGUGGUGAACGCCGGCCAUGAUCAUGGUCAGCCUGACUCAGCGGCUGCUCUUCUCACCAGCCUUAACGAGUUAGGAGAGCGGCAACUUGUCAAAGUAGUGAAAUGGGCCAAAGGACUUCCAGGUUUCCGUAACUUGCACGUGGAUGAUCAGAUGACAGUCAUACAACACACCUGGAUGGGAGUGAUGGUCUUUGCUCUGGGUUGGAGGUCCUACAAGAACGCCAACGCGCGGAUGCUGUACUUCGCUCCAGACCUGGUCUUCAAUGAUCGUAGGAUGCACGUCUCCAGCAUGUAUGAGCACUGUGUUCAGAUGAAGCAUCUCUCGCAGGAGUUUGUGCUGCUACAGGUCACACAGGAAGAGUUCCUCUGUAUGAAGGCCCUCCUCCUGUUUAGCGUCAUUCCAGUGGAGGGGCUGAAGAGUCAGAAGUAUUUUGAUGAGCUGCGUCUGACGUACAUAAACGAGCUUGAUCGUUUAAUCAACUAUGGCAGGAAGACCAACUGUGCCAUGCGCUUCCAGCAGCUGACACGACUGAUGGACUCACUGCAACCAGUUGUUCAGAAGUUGCACCAGUUUACCUUUGAUCUCUUUGUCCAAGCCCGGUCUCUGCCCACGAAGGUCAGCUUUCCCGAAAUGAUUGCAGAAAUAAUCUCGGUCCAGGUGCCAAAGAUGCUCGCCGGCCUGUCUAAACCAAUCCUGUUCCACAAAUGACAGGACCACGCCCCCAAUCUAUACCAAGCCCACCCAGGCCAUAUGAGCCAGUCAGUUUGGUCUGAUCCAGCCUAAACCAGCCUGCGAUGCUUUGAAUCUGGACUCGAAUUGAGCGACGAGACUGAACAAUACUGAUUUUUUGAUUUUUCCAUUUUUUAGCAUUUCCCUCUCCCUCUCCCUCUCUCUCUCCCUCCCACCCUUUCUAUCUCAGUCUCGUCUCUCCCUCCUUUUGAAAAAUGGCCCUGAAAAGUAGCGGGACCAUUACAUCAUUACAGUUGUCUAUCUUCUUCUCGGAGAUGAUUUGAGCUCAUUUUCUCAAACUGACAGCAUGGUGUGAAGCAGGUUUUGUUCUUUCUUUAGACCAGCAGUUAUCCUUCAAGAGUUACAACGUGUUGCCUGGUGGACAGGUUGGAAAAAAAAAAUAUCACACUGAAGUUUCAUCUGAGCCCUUAAUCAUAAAAAGAAGAAAAAAAAGACAUUAAGCAGAUCCCUUUCCAAGUCUGUGACCUGCCUUGACUCUGUGCAUAGCGGGAUAAAAAGGUUUCAUUUAUUGUCCAUGACUUGAGAGAUCAGGACAAAGCAAAGCAGCAUGCAUAGAGAAAUACGAUCGAAUGUGGCAAAAACCCGGGACAGAUUCUUUUUACUUGUGACAAAAAUUCUAAGUACAGUACCAUAGUAUUAAAACAGUACGGAAUUCAGACCGGCUAUCGGUCCUCCUCCCUGCUUUAUUAGUUUAUUGAUUGUAAAACAAGUGCUUCAUUCAUUUCUUAUGAAAUGUAGAGGCUCUUUAUAAAAGCUUUUUAAAAGGCAUCAUUCAUUCAGGAUGUUCAGACGAAUUCUGACUAUUUCGUUCAUUUGAAAAUCGCUCACAGUUGGGUUGAAAAUUCACUUUCGCCACUGAAAACAAAAGGACAGCAUGAUGAUGAUGAUGAUGAUGAUAACAGCGCUAUAGUAAAAACAUCUCACAGUCAUUAGGGAGUUGCCUCCUCUAGACAGCAGACUUUUGUUAAGACGGGGCAGAUUGCCCUUAUUUACAACCUGGAUAUUGCGGUGCAGGUUUUAGGGUAUAAUGUUGACAGUUUGUAUAUAGAACACAACAACUACAGCAAUGCUUGGGUCAUCAUACAAGAUCUUCAAAUAUAUAUCCGUAUCUAAACCUAUUUAAACCUAUGCAUGCUGUCUUCAUAUCCAUCACUACAAAACAAGAAACCAAUAACUGCAUGCUGAAGCCCUAGAUAUUCACACAAACCAAACUGCAUUUCCAGUAAGCUAAAUGGAUAUUGUUAGGAAACGGGACUGUUUCCCAUAAAGCUCUUACUAAGUUACUCUCUCUUUCACUGUCCUUAAUGGAAGAUCUGGCAAGGUAAUGUUCUUGUGUAUAUAUGUAAAAGUUAAGCGUGGUUCUUUUCAACCUUUCUAUGUGCUAAUGUAUGGAUGUAGUCAAUAGUUUUACAGUACAGUUUCCUCUCUUUCCUUUAUAGUAAGUGCCACUGAGGGAUUUGUAUUUCUCUGCGCUAGCAAUAAGUAAUCACAUGCUUAACACAGUCUUUUAACAAGCUCUUUUAGAAUACCAAAACAGGCUUCAGACGGUGCACACCUUUAAAAACAGACAAAACAAAAGACAAAAAAGAGCUAUGCUUAUGUGCUAACAUAACGGGACAGUACUGUUAUUUUAUCAGAAACUCGUACCAAACAUCUUUAUCACCAUCAACUGACGCACAGCAGCGGCAAGUGGUGCUAUAAGCUCUCCUCUUUAUUCACGAGGGUGUUAGAUGAGACGAAAAAAGACAAAAAAAAACUACGUAUUUUUUACUCUGCUUUUGCUUCAAUUAAAGCAUUCUCUAUUUAUCUGUCAGAAAGGAACAUCUUUACUCGCUUUCCUCAUACUUGGGCGCUGUGCGUGUUUUCUAGACGUCGUGUCAACUUUUUUCCUCUGCACGCUCUCCGUUUCUAAAUGAUUGAAUAAUGCCUGCAGUGUUAUGUAUGUAGAUUACUCUUUAAAGAGCCCAAAAAUCGCGGCGCUGUGUUGUCUUUGUCAGGCCUGGGGUGACCUGGGGUGUACUUUCAGCAGAGCAGGGAGUUUUCCGACGAGUUAAAACGACGAGAUGUGGUUUAGCUGCUCGAGCUCUUGUCGCCGCCGAGCAUGUUGACGGUUUAAAUGUGCCAGGCAGAGAAUAGGCUGUCAGAGAAAGCUCCUCUGCGCUGACAGCACCGAGCACCGCGCAAUUACACGCAGGUGUUUACCCAUUUAGACGGCCCAAAAGCACUCAUUAGAAUUUGCAGAACUCCAAGCCUCACUUUUACCCUGCCAAAAAAAAAAAAA